AUGCUUGCUAAAUCUAAAAGCACCAAACAAUUAGAGGACCCAUUUAUGCCUCAAAUAAGCUAGAGAAACAUCAGAUACAGUUAGGAGAAUACUCUAAACGGAAAAUAGAGCAUUAGCAGCAUAUUUGCUAAAAAGGAAAAACCUAGAAAAAAAUCAAAGAAAAAAGUUCUAUCACUUGAAAGACUUUCUCACAUUCUUAAUGAAUAGCCUCAUACAGUUUAGCUGACAGAGAGGCUUACCAGGAAAUCCCCUGAUCUAUAUUUACCAAAACUGCCAUAAACAACUUUUCAAAAGAUAACCUAAUAAUCCUUGAACAUAAUGAUGGAUGAACUUAAUACUGAGAGGGAUCAAUAAAAUGCAAGAAAUAAAACUGAGAAAUAUCUGGAGAGAAUUAAGUAGAAAAAUAUAUUCGAUCAAUCCCCAAUUUCAUCUAGAGAAAGUCUUAGAAUUAAUAAGGACAAGCAGUAAAAUUUGGAAUAAGAUAAUUAAGACUAGACAAAUAGUAAAAAACCCGAUAGAUAUGAAGAUUUAUAGGAUUUCGAUAAGUAGGUAAUUAUAAAAAGAGAUACUUUCAAACAUCUUUAAAUGGGGUAAUAUUAAAAUGAAGAAUAGAAGAAGUUUUAAAUCUUAAGUGGUAGAUAACUAUAUUAAAGAUUCCUCAAAGGAUGUGAUAAAUAGAAAAUUCUGCCAAAUCCAAUGAGAGUAUUUGAUCUAUAAAACUCUAAUUCUGUUGUACUUAAGAGUACAGUUAAUUUAGGUACAAUCAUUAGAGGUGCAUCAGAACUGAGACUUCAAGAUAGUAAUUUAUCAUCUUAAGGAGCUGUUUCUUAUCUAAAAAAUAUGGAUGAUAAUAUUGAAACUUUAGAUCUUAGUAAAAAUCCAAAAAUUACUUUAGAAUCUUACAAAAUGCUAAAAUAAUUGAUUGAAAAUCCUUAUAGAAGGAUAAGGAAAUUGAAUCUUGAGGGAAAUAAAUGUGGAGAUAAAGCUAUCUCUUAACUUCAAGAUGCUUUAUCCAAUAAUAAUCUUACUGAUAAGUGUGCUGAAUCAAUUAAAGAAGUACUCAAAAUAAAUAAUGCUCUACUAGUGCUAUUACUGCAUUGGAAUUUCUUUAAAGCUACAGGCGCAAUUGAGAUCUUUGAUGGUCUUAAAGUUAAUGAUAAAUUGCAAGUGUUUGAUAUAUCUAACAAUCAACUAGGAUUCAUGAAAGCAAUGCCAUAGCCAAAAUUAGCUGAAAUUGAUAUUGAGCAAGCAUAGGGUAGAAGAUAACUUGAUAUUAUUGACAAGCAAUGUGCACUGACAAUAGGUGAAGCCUUUAGAAGUAAUAAUACUCUUAUUCACGUUGACUUGUCCAAUAAUGGGCUAUCAAUGAAGUAGUGCAAAUUUAUUCAUCGGUUGCUAAAGUACAAUCACACUAUAUUAGGUCUUCAUAUGACUGGAAAUUCUCUUGAUAUUGAUGCUAAGGGAUUUUUAAGUUAAAACUAAUCAAAUGUUGGUUUAAAUCAUAUUCACACUAGAUUCAGUUUUGAUGAUAAAAUUGGAAAGAUAAAUGAUAAUGUUAAGAUGGAGCUAAGAGCUUAAUCUAAUUGCUGGAUUUGUGAAGGAUGGACUUAGGUAAAAUUUGAGUUUAGAUUAAAUGAAUAUGAAGAAACAAAAUCUUAUUAUUCGAGACAUAUAGAGCUAGCAUUUCUUUAGUUGUCUUUUGAAAACUACCAACUUGACUAGAUGAAAUACGAUCCUCAGUAAAGAGUGUAUUUCAAAUUCAGAAUGAUUCCACCAGGAAAACUUAAUUUUAAUUUUGCAGUAAAACUAGUUGAUCAAAAUCAAACUGAUCCAUAAUCUAAUUAAAAUUCUUUAGAAGUGGCAGAGUUACCAUCUAAACCAUAGAAGCUGCAAAGACAGAGUCUAAUUGUACCAAAAACUGAUAUGUAUAAGAUGAUAACUUAGAGUCAUAAAUAGCUAGAUGAUAAUUACAUUAAAAAUUUAUCUUGCCAUCCAAGAGAUCCUUAUUUCGAAAUGGAUAGUGAUAGUGAAGAUGAUGAAGAAAUUCAGAUAGAGAUAAAAGAUUUCCUAAAGUUGGUGAUUGUGAUGAUGUUUUUAUACUUAGCAAGUCAGUAUUUGCUGGUUACAUUCCUGAUGAUGAAUAAUCUAUUCUAAAAUAGAAGAGAAACUUACAAGUAUUUUGCAGAUGGAAAGUAUUGCAAGCUCGCAGAUAUAGAUGUUGAAUUUGUUGCUGUAAAUGCCUUUGCUAAGGUUGAUACUAAUCAAAAUCCUGAAAGAUAGUUGAGGUUCUGUCGAUAUGAAGAAUUUAUAGAUAUGAUUACACACUCCGGAGUUGUAAGCGAGACUUUUGGAUCCAGAGAAAUUGGCAUCAUAUUUAAUCUUAGCAUGAUGACAUAAAUUGAUGAGUUACAAUCUGAAAGGUAUUUGAAUAUGUAUAUGCUAGAAUUCUAAGAAGCGAUAGCUAGAGUAGCUGAAAGAGUCUACAGUCAUUUCAAUAACUCCUAGGUUUACAAAUAAUGA